AUGCAUCUUGGGGUUCAAAAAUACAAAAAAACCAGCACAACUUAUAAUAUCAACCUGACGUUCUCUCAUUCAUUCGACCAGAGCGACCUGCUCUAUGUUUGGAAGGAAAGAAUUUUUACCUCAACUUACGCAGUCAAUAAAGAAGCACCACCCGGCAGCCACAAGCUUAUUAGCCUCACUAGCAUAUUGUGUGAGGUGAUGGAACGCGUUCCGAAGCCAGCCACUCUGAAUCAUCUCCAUACCGGCGACGUUUUGUCGGGUUGUACCGAUAUACGUACGAAGCUUAAUUACCACAUGAAUCCACAGCUAUUAGAUCUGCUAACCUCUCUGGUUGCUUACAUCUUGGCUUUUUCACGUCUAUUUUAUGCGGACGGCCAUAAAGUCGGGAGCACGAAUGAUAACGCCCCCCAAACAGAUCAAGGCGCUGCAGAGCAGUGGUCGUUGGAUCGGCACCUUAUUUUGAAUGAUGAAAAACGCCUCCAUAUGUGA